AGUUGCUUCACAGAGAAACAAACUGGUGAUAGGUGUGCAUUUCGUUUUGUUGGAAGUGUUUAUAGGUUUGAAGUUCAAUCCAGAGAGCGGAAAAUAUGUCGGAGGGAGCAGUUCCCAUUACAGAAGAGAUCGAAGAGCUCAAAAAGAAGCUUGCCCUUUUAGAUGGGGACAGGAAAGCUUACUACGAAAGUUCUCAAUGGACUAUGAAAAAGAAUAAAGAUACAAUCGUCAAACUGAGGGAGAAAAAUAAACGUCUGCGUUCCGAUUUGGCAAAGAAAAAGGCGGGAGAUGAACAAGUAAUUGAUGAUGCAUUCAAAGAAAGAGAUCCACAAAGACACUGUGCAAUGAGAGGCAUGUCAGGCAAGGCUGCUAUCACUAAACUGGACCAGCAAGUGUGUGAGGCAGUCAAGAGGCUGAAUGCUUUGAAACACCAGAAAAACACUCGUCAGAAGAAACUGGAACUUUUGCAAACAGAGUACAAUCAGUUGAUCACGGAUGCUGAAGAAGUGUCCAACACAGAUGCCGGAGAAUCAGCUGAGGCACAGAAACUACGUGCUUUGGAGAACAGCCUUGACAAAAUGCAGCUGAAGUUAAAUGAGGGGAAGAAAAUCAAGACAAUCUACGAGGGUCUGUUGGAGCAAUUGAAGGAAGAGCGCCGCACUUGGCCUAAUCAGCUCAAUAAUCUUGAGAGAGCUAUUUAUGCUCAAAGGGAAGAACUUAAAGAACUGAAUGCGAUGAACCAUGAUGCUCAGAUUGCUCGUGAAGCUGCAAAGGCAGAACUCUCUAAGCUGGAGCAGUCAGUGUAUGAGAGGAAAAAGGAGAGAGAAAGGGAAUUGGCCCAGUACAAGAAACAAGCUGAAGAGAAGAAAGAUCAUGCCGAGAAAGUUGAAAAACGGCUGCAAAGAAGCUCUCUUCAGCAGGAGGAUCUUACGGUAGAACAGAAAGCAGUACUGUCUGGUGAGGAACAAGAACGUAAGAUUACAACAUACGAGGAAGCCAUGAACAAGAUAAAGGACACUACAGGGGUGUCUGACAUCAAGGAGGUGGUGCAGCGUUUUCUGUCUCAGGGUGAAACACAGAAGCACCUGGAACAGCUCAAGACUAACAAUGAAAAGAUGCUUGUCAGGUUAAAGGAAGAAAAGGAGAAGCUAAGAAUGGAGUAUGAGGAGAUGAAAUAUUCUGGAGAAGCGAAGUUGUCCAGUGGACAGAGAAUGCUGGAGGAAUUUCAGCAACGCCUUGCUGACGAGGAAAAACGAUGUGCCGAUUCACAAGACCGUCAGGACCGAGCUAACAAAACCCUGGUUAACGUUAAAGCUGGAAUUGAGCAUUUGGCUGAUAAACUGCAACACCUUAAAGCGCCCAAAGGUCACGUGCCCCAAGCUCAGUUGUCCCCAACCUCCGACGAGUACAUCCUGGACUUACUUGGUACUUGUGAACAGAAGCUACUCAAGUUAAUGGAUGACUUAGGAGGAAAGGAUAUCAAUGACGUCAUGAAAGAAAUGGAAGACGCUGAGUUCCGUACCACAAUGGAGGGCAAGUUGCCGCAGUUUAACACCCGAGUUAAGCUACCCAUGACUUCUGAUCGCCUGGCUGCGUACGAUGAUGACGAGGAGAGCGGAGAUGAUGAAGAUGUCCUCUCUAGAAACGCCAUAAAGCGCUACUCUCAACAGAUUGUAGAUUCUAAGACUAAAAAGCAUAAAACUCGCAAGGGGAAAAGAAAGACGAAACAAUGAAAACACUCAUUAAAAUAUGUACAUUCAUUCAUGUUUACUGGAUUAUGGUUAAAUUGGUUUGAUUUUCGCUGUUUUAGGGGCUACUUCUUGUAUUAUAACAGUAACAAAGUAAAGCUAUAGUUGUA